UAGGUAAAUACUGUACAUAUUUUCUGUGAUUAUUAGUAUUCUGUGGUAAUAAGAUGGUGUUUGGGGAGUGCUAAGUGGUGUUAAAUAACAUGUCCAUGGAGACUCGUUCUAGUUCAGCCCUUUUUAAAAGGGCUGAACAAUUAAAAAGAUGGGAAGAAUCGGACACAAAUCGUGAAUCAGCAUCGCCCAAAGGCAAGCCGAGAAAAGUGAAAUUUUCGUCGGGCUGUGUGUUUUUAGCUGCGUGUGCCGCGGGUGACAAGGAUGAAGUUUUGCGAUUACUGGAAAAGGGAGCGGACAUUAAUACUACAAAUGUGGACGGAUUAACGGCCCUUCAUCAGGCAUGUAUCGACGACAAUUUGGACAUGGUCGAGUUCCUGGUGGAAAAUGGGGCGGACGUAAAUCGGGGCGACAACGAGGGUUGGACACCACUGCACGCCACCGCCAGUUGCGGUUUCCUCUCGAUCGCCAAAUAUCUCCUAGAAAAUGGGGCCAACGUAGCAGCCGUUAAUAAUGACGGGGAAUUACCCAUCGACAUUGCCGAAUGCGAAGAUAUGGAGGACCUACUGCAAGCCGAAAUUGAGGAACAGGGUAUUGACUGUAAUUCAGCCAGACUGGAAGAGGAAAGGUUAAUGUUGAAAGAUGCCAGGGAUUGGAUGGCAGCGAAGAGUCCCCAAAUCGACAUGGCCCAUUCCAAGACUGGAGCCACCCCUCUUCACGUUGCCUCUGCCAAAGGAUACAUCAAAGUCAUGAAAUUGUUGCUACAGUGUGGGGCCGAUGUUGAUAAGCAGGACGUGGACGGAUGGACGCCACUCCACGCGGCCGCCCACUGGGGCCAAAAAGAAGCCGCUCAACUCCUGGCAGAAAAUUUGGCCGACAUGGACUGCAAAAACUAUGUGGGCCAGACACCGUUUGAUGUUGCCGACACCGAUAUGUUCAGAUUUUUGGACGACUUGAAGAAACGCCAGAACAAAGAAGAGGUGCUGCAAAGGCGGCAAGCGAAAAAGAGGGCGGAGAUGCAGGACAAGGUAGAAACGGAAACGCCCUCUAAAGUUAAGAAGGUCGAGGUUGCUAUCGAAGAAGGUGUCAAGAACAAUAACAAUAAUAAUAACAACAACAACGGGGGUGUAGGAGAUGAUGUUGGAGGAAUGGAAGUUUCUAGUGAAAGUGAUUCGGAUACGGAAAGCGGGAGCAGUAGUAGUGAAACAGGGUCGAACUCUGAUACUAGUAGUGCCGAUGAGGAGAAAAAGAAUAUGGUUAACUCACUAAACAAACAAAAAGAUAAUAAUAUAAUCGCUAGCAAUAACACGGAGGUGCCGAAAAGACCGUCCUCGGCAACGCCUUCUCCGCCUGCCGUCCCACCCAAGCCGCUCCAAGGCGGUGAUGCCACCGCACCUCCUUCGACAGACGACAAUAAUGUUCCUAAGUGGCGCAAGCCACCACCCAGCAAGCCCCCCGUCGUUACCAAAGUCGAUUCGCACGCCACUACUAAAACCGCUAGCUUUAAAGACAAGAGUACAUCGGAUGUAAAUAAUGAAAACGAAGUUAGUCUGAGACGGACCAAUAGUUUCCAGAAUGACCCAGAGUUCUACACGCGAUAUCAGGCGCUGCGUGCACGCAUACAGGCCAGCUCUGAUCCCACUCAUUACUCCUUCCCUUACGAUUCCCAAUCUAAGUACAUCAUCGCCCCUUCUAACAAAAACCGGCAGCAAAACAGGCACCAAGACAAAGAGGAGACAGUUUCCGUUAGCAGUACAUCUACUGUCAAUUCUGUUACAACGAGUACUUCUAGCACCCCAACGAACACCUCCCUAUCACCCACGACCAGUCCCGUGCCCAAUAGUCAACCUGUACGAAGUGGGCUGAAGUUACCUGUCGGCGCAAACGCACCCGCUGCUGUCGCCAGUACUGCCAACACAAACACUUCCGCUAUCUCCCCCUCUUCCGGUGGAAACAGGCUUACCGUCAUUAAAAAUUUCUUUAAGUAUGCGUUGUCGUGUUAGCAAUAAUUAAAAAAU